AUGCGAGCAGGCACUAUAUCGGCACCCGGCGCUGCGGCACAGGCGGCACCGUCAGCGCCCGCCGCGGCGUCCUCUCCCGCGGUGGACGGCGAGGUCGAGCGCAAGGCGGCGUUGCUGCUCAGCGUGGGCGAGGAGUGCGUGAGCGAGGCCGAGCUCCGCUCGCUCGUCGCCAAGAAGCCCAGCUUUGUCCUCUACGACGGCUUUGAGCCGUCGGGCCGCAUGCACAUCGCGCAGGGCGUCUUCAAGGCGAUGAACGUCAACAAGUGCACCGCAGCGGGCGGCACCUUCAUCUUUUGGGUGGCCGACUGGUUCGCACUGAUGAACGACAAGAUGGGCGGCGACCUCGACCGAAUCAAGCUCGUCGGCGAGUACCUGAUCGAGGUGUGGACGGCGGCGGGGAUGGACAUGUCGCGCGUGCAGUUCAAGUGGGCCGCCGACGAGAUCACAAAGCACGCCGGACGCUACUGGACGCUGGCUCUGGACGUGGCGCGCCGCUUCACGGUGGCGCGCGUCUCAAAGUGCUGCCAGAUUAUGGGGCGCAAGGAGGGGACGCUCACCGCCGCGCAGAUGCUCUACCCCAUCAUGCAGUGCACCGACAUCUUCUUCCUCGGCGCAAACAUCUGCCAGCUGGGCGUCGACCAGCGCAAGGUCAACAUGCUCGCUCGCGAGUACUGCGACUCGGCCGGGAUCAAGCUCAAGCCAAUCAUCCUCUCGCACCACAUGCUCUACGGCCUCGCGCAAGGACAAGUCAAGAUGUCCAAGAGCAACAAGGACUCCGCCAUCUUCAUGGAGGACUCCGCCGCCGAGCCCGACGUGCAGCGCAAGAUGAAGAAGGCGUUUUGCGAGCCGGGCAACACGGCGUUCUGCCCGCCGCUCGCGGUCGCGCGCGAGCUGGUCCUCGGCUGCGGCGCGUCGCUCGAGGUGAAGCGGCGCGAGGAGGACGGCGGCGACCGCGCCUUCGGCAAGGCCGACGGCGGGCAGCUGGCGAGCGAGUUCGCCGCCGGCGCGCUGCACCCGGGCGACCUCAAGCCGGCGGUGCGCGACGCGGCGUGGGGGACGCUCUCGCGCGUGCGCGCCGCCGUCGCCGCCGACAAGGCGCUGGCGGCCGCGGAGAAGGAGGUGGCCAAGGCGGCGAAGAAGAAUAAGAAGAAGUGA